AUGAGCCUGAACUUCAUUCCAGCGGACGACGUGCGAGCCAUCGCCGUCACCAAAGCCAUUCAAACCGGAGGCAUCGAGGACUUACAAGCCCAGCUGUCUGAGCACAAAGAACUCGUUUUGGCCUACAUUGGAUCUCCGGAAGAAGCACGAACACUUUUGCACAUACUUACGGACUGGCCCGGCCACUUCCCCAACAAUGCAGCUGUCGCCCAGGUGCUGCUUCAGGCCGGCUGCAAGGUCGACGCACAGUACAUUGGGAAGCUCCAUUCCGAGACUCCGCUCCACUGGACGGCUAGUUGCGAUGAUCUCGAAAUCAUGGAUAUUCUUUUAGAUGCUGGAGCCGACAUCAAUGCUGGAGGCGGAGUUAUUGCAGACACGCCACUGGCAGAUGCAAGGGCCUUCUUGCAGCUAAAGUGCGCUCAUCGACUGGUUGAGCGAGGGGCGAUGGUGUCGCUGCAGGAUGCUGCGACGCUGGGGCUUCUGGAUAGAGUCAAGGAGAUAUAUGCCGAGUCGCCAAAGCCAACUGAACGAGAUGGCAACUGUGCGUUUUGGAACGCUUGCCAUGGCAGCCAACUUGGAACUGCGCAGUUUCUUGAUAGCCAAGGGGCGGAUGUGAAUUUUAUUCCUCCAUGGGGAGAGGACACUCCCUUGGACGAGGCCAAGAGUCAAAACGCGGCGGACUUGGUUAAGUGGCUGGAGAGUCUGGGAGCGAAAGGCAAGGACGCGCUGUCUGGUGAUUGA